CUGUUUUAGUGUGACAUAUAGCAUCGUGUUGGCCCUGAGUAGGUAAAAGUGGACACUGAGAGUUAAAGAGCAAUUUUAGAGCUGGGAAUUUAAAAUAAUCGAGAAUUUAAAAGUAGAUAUUAUUCUCUAAAAUGGAUAAUAUCUACGAUAAUGAUUCGAUGGAAGGAACAAGUUCCAAUGUAAUUUAUAUAACAGAGGAGUUUAGAGUCGAAUGGAAUCAUGAGGCGACGAAGGAGUUGUUGAAAGUUUACGACGAAAAAUAUGAUAUGCUGGAUUCGGGAAUUAUAACAACGCAGAAAAAAUUAUGGGAACUAGUAGCCAAAGAUAUGAAUAAGAAGGAUUUUUUUUACACGGGAGCACAGUGUGAAAAUAAAUGGAAAACAUUAAAACGAAAUUAUAAGAAUAAAUUAUUAAAAAUGGAUAAGACUGGUUCUUGUAAACGACAGUGUCCUUUUGAAAGGGAAAUAGUGGAAAUUUUGAGUAAAAGACCGCAUGAAAGUAUGUUUAAUAGAUCUUAUAAUUAUUCGAAACAUUUUUCUAAAGUUAAAGAUGAAUCGUCGGAUGAGGCAACUAAAGAAUCUCCCAGUAAUCACCCGAAGCAGGAUAUCAAAGAAGAAACUUUCGUCGACGAAUUGAUUCAGAAUCCCGAUUACGUCAUUGAAGAAACUGCGACGUCUUCCCAAGUUGCCGAGGAGUUAGCGGAACUGCGGAAAUCCGUCAUGAAGCAAAAUAAAAUCAAUGCCGAACUCGUGAGACAGUCCAACGAGUUCCAAUACAAGAUUGUGCAGCACUUGGACGCAGCUACGCAAAGGGAAUGUCAGAAUUUGGAAUUGAAGGAAACUCGAAUGGAACAACAGAACGAAAUCAUAAAGCAGAUGAAGAUACAGAAUAAUUUGUUGCAGAAAUUGUUGGAGAAGAUGGGAUGAAAUGUUUUAUUGAUCGUUUGUUGUUAAUUGACUGAUUUUAAUAAAUUAAAAUGUUAUUGAUAAA